AUGAGCAUCGUGUGCUUGCAAUACCAGUACGUAUUUAAACUUGAGCAUCUACUGGUAACUAAGCAUUUGUUUCAGGACAUUUUUUAUGGCAUAGAAAGGCGAACGAGCACAGAUCACCUGAUGUUUUAUUUGGAUGCUGAUCCGCGGCAAUACGAAGAGCUAGCAAAGCGCUACCAAAUCCUGGUACAAGCGUACGAAGAACAAUGCAACGCUGUCGGUUUGUGCGAUAAACGUCUGGGCCAGUGGCGGGAACGCGCGACCUCGACGCAGGCGCAUCUUACGCAUGCGCACAAAACCCUGAUUGCUGUCGGAGAAAAAUAUAUUGCACUCAAAAACAAGUGUAACCUUAAAAAGAACUGGUAUAAAGAGCAGUUGGCAGCAAUGAAGCAGUCUCUUCAUGACAUGAUGGAAGCCACAACGCAGGCGAGAAUGGAAUUUGACGCCAGACUUGAAUACUGCAUGGCUAACGAACGUGAUUCGGACGCUGCACUUCUACUUUAUGAAAUCCGCAGAUGCAACCUUUUAUUUCUUGAGAACAUGCGUCUGAAAGCGAUUAUUGAAGAGCUUAUCCCUGGUGCUGUGAACUGGAAAACCUGA